CCCUGAGUGGGACCCGAGGUGUUGUUGAUCCUACCUGCAGUAACGCUCGCUGAGGGCUGUUGCAUCUUUACUACGCCGUGAACGGGAGACUACUGCUACAACCCUACCAAGGAGUCAUUCGACGCACUGUGAAGUGCCCCGACCGUCGGACACCCUGCCCUCUUUACUUGCCAGUGUGCAGCUCCAUUGUGGAGUCCCAGCAAGUGGCGGGGGAGGCUGAGGCAGCCUGAAGUAGAGGGCACUGUGCUAGCAGGGCCAUGAGCACCACUGGGUACCAGCAGCAGCAGGGGGGUGUUCGGACACGCCGAGGCCCAGUCAAGGAGAGGGAUCCUGGGCAGGGUGUUGGCAUGGAGGCGGCCUGCUGGCUGGCCCCUGGAGCCCUGCGCAGGCUGAUUGAGCUGCCCACUCCCCCGCUCGACCGCCAACAGCUGAAGAGACUGGAGGAACACAGGUACAGCAGUGCAGGUCACUCCCUGCUGGAGCCUCUGAUGCAGUGCUACUGGGAGUGGCUGGUGGGCCAUGUGCCCACCUGGAUUGCCCCCAACCUCAUCACCAUCGUGGGCCUGGCCACCAACGUAUUCACCACCCUGGUGCUGGUCUACUACUGCCCCACUGCCACUGAACAGGCACCGCUGUGGGCAUACCUGCUGUGUGCGGUGGGCCUGUUUGUGUACCAAUCACUGGAUGCCAUUGAUGGGAAGCAGGCCAGACGAACUAAUAGCAGCUCUCCGCUGGGUGAACUGUUUGACCACGGCUGUGACUCCCUCUCCACAGUGUUUGUGGUCCUGGGCACCAGUAUAGCAGUGCAGCUGGGCACCAACCCUGACUGGAUGUUCUUCUGCUGUUUCGCUGGCAUGUUCAUGUUCUACUGUGCCCACUGGCAGACAUACGUCUCCGGCACCCUGCGCUUCGGCAUAUUUGAUAUUACAGAGUUACAGAUCUGUCUAGCGCUGUUACAGAUGCUGACAGCCACUGUAGGCCCCUUCCUGUGGAACGUGACGAUCCCAGUCAUAAACAUCCAGAUGAAAAUAGUUCCAGCCAUCUGCACUUUCUUAGGGGCUAUCUUUUCCUGUACUAAUUACUUUCGGGUUAUAUUUACCGGAGGUGUGGGCAAAAAUGGAUCCACAAUAGCAGGAACCAGUGUCCUAUCUCCUGUGUUACAUAUAGGCUCAGUAAUAAUACUGGCCAUGAUGAUCUAUAAGAAGUCCGCUAUCCAGCUCUUUGAGAAGCACCCCUGUGUUUAUAUCCUGGCCUUUGGCUUCGUGUCGGCCAAGAUCACCAACAAAUUAGUUGUAGCACAUAUGACAAAGAGUGAGAUGCAUCUACAUGAUAUAGCAUUCCUGGGGCCAGGCCUGCUGUUCCUGGACCAGUAUUUCAACAGUUUUAUUGAUGAAUACCUGGUGCUGUGGAUUGCACUGAUCCUGUCUUUCGUUGACUUGGUGCGUUACUGUGUCAGUGUUUGCAACCAGAUCGCCUCCCAUCUUCACAUCUUUGUCUUCAGAAUCAAGCCACUGACCCCCUCCACCCUUCAGUGAGGACAUGGAACCAUUACAUUCUCCCCCCCCCCCCCCCACCUCUCUCCCUCUCUUUCUUCAUGUUAGAUUGCUAGUCGUCACUAUCUUUCUUUACCCUUUUUAAAUGUGUUGGGGUGGAUCUAUUACCGGUAGAGGUUCAGAGUGAAUGAGGGGAUAGAUGAAAUAUGUGUUAAGUUAUUUUCCAUCACUGCUUUGUGCAAUUUGUGUUGAUUUCAUCUUGUUACAGUAGUCAGAUUCCUAGACAAAAAUAAUGAUUAGUCCCUUUUUUCUGCAGUGAAUGGUCACAUAGGAAAUGUACUGAGUGGUCUCCUCUGUGCCAGAGAGGGUAAAUUAGUGCAAGACUGCAAUGGGUUUGAAUAGGUGCUACCUUAUUCAUUUAAUAAUUUUUAUUGUACUUUAAAACAAACAUUUCGUGUUGAUGGUAUGUUUGUUCUCUACAAGAAAAUGUAGAGCAUAGGAAGUGAUUUACACAGGAUGUCUGUCUGCUUUCAGUUUUGUUUCGGAGGAGUGUUGUCUUUAUUAUAUAUAGAGGGAUGGGAUCGUUUUGUAAUAUUUGCAUAACCUCACUUCAGUUUCAUAAAUAUAUAACUAUUAGUGUUGAUAGUUGUGCUGUUUUCUAUUAUUUCAAAAUGUCUCACCUGGCAUAUCUAUCAAUCUUGCAUAAGUGGUAUUAUUAACUCUGCAAUAAUUGAUUGCAUUUAAAUUAUGAUUUCUGUAAAACAUUACAUAUGUAAACAUGUUAUUUUAGGGUGCCCCUGAUCAAUGGCUUACAACAAAUUAUUGUAAACGAUUCAAAUAGUAUUGCACCUUUUGAAAAGAUGGGUGUCUCGAGCCUCGUUUUAACUAGGCAAGUCAGUUAAGAACACAUUUUUAUUUACAAUGUCAGCCUAGGAACAACUGCCUUGUUCAGGGGCAGAACGACAGAUUUUUACCUUGUCAGCUGGGGGAUCUAGCAACCUUUCGGUUACUGGCCCAACGCUCUAACUAGGCUACCUGCCGCCCCAACACAAGGAAAUGAAAGUUGAUUUUGACUGAUAAUGUAGGGCUAUCCAGAGCUUGUUUAUAUCUACAAUCUAAGGACAUGUUUUCUAAGUUUACUUUAAAAAAUAUAUAUAUUUUAAAAUUACCUUCUAACACAAUAACAACUUGACACAACUUUCUUUAUGUAGCACGUUCUGCACUGUGCCAGGUCCACAUACAGCAAUUAAGUGUUUUGGGAGAGCUUUCAUGUGAAACAAAAAGGAUAUUCUGACUGUGCCCUAAUCAUAUUUGUCUGUACCAUGUUUUUGCAUCUACAUACCUGCAGUCUGCUUAUAAUUCAGUCAUCAGAAUAAUAGAAACUGACUUUUAUUUCUGUGUAAUGUUGUUGGUAUGCAAGUUACUGAGCUCAUACAACAAUGUGUGUGUAUGUAAAAAAUGUAGUUGCUGAUGUCAGAUCAGUGCUCUCAUUGUACUAGUCAUUCUCAGAUAAGUAAAACAAUGCCUUAAACAGUUUGUUUAAUUUUCUGUUGUAUGAUAGUCAAGCCUCUUAACAUGCCCCUAAUUUGUUUCCUUUGUGUGUUUGUACUGUGUUUUCGCUCGUUACUGUUUUAUUUUGGCCAGACUGUCAAACUCAGGUAUAUUAGUUUUCAGACAAGUAUGUUCAUAGGUUGUGACAAAAGAACAACAAGAUCACUCUACAAUCUCUCCCUCACUAAUGCAAAUAAAAUGUAAUAUUCACACAUGUAA